GACAUCGUUGAUCAAGAAAAGGUUUCUGCUUUUUCUGGUUUCUCCAAAACCCACUCUGUUUCUCCAAUGAACUUGAGAAUAGCAGGCUUUCGGUCGGAGCAGCAAAGUUAAUUCAAAAUCUUAAAAAAAUGGGGAAGAAAACGAAGAAGCCAGGAAAAGGCAAAGAGAAAACGGAAAGGAAAACCGCCAAAGCUGAUGAAAAGAGAGCUCGAAGAGAGUCCAAGAAACUCUCCCCUGAAGAUGACAUUGACGCCAUUUUGUUGAGUAUUCAAAAGGAGGAAGCAAAGAAAAAGGAAGUUCAUAUUGACGAAAAUGUCCCUGCGCCAUCUCCUCGAUCAAACUGCACAUUAAGCAUUAAUCCAAUGAAAGAUACAGAGUUGAUACUAUACGGGGGUGAAUUCUACAAUGGUAGCAAGACAUUUGUGUAUGGUGAUCUUUACAGGUGCGAUGUGGAAAAGAUGGAAUGGAAGUUGGUUUCAAGUCCUAACAGUCCGCCUCCUCGAAGUGCGCAUCAGGCAGUUGCUUGGAAGAAUUAUCUCUAUAUCUUUGGUGGUGAAUUCACAUCUCCAAAUCAAGAGCGGUUCCAUCAUUACAAGGACUUUUGGAUGUUGGAUCUGAAAACAAAUCAAUGGGAACAACUAAAUUUGAAGGGAUGUCCAAGUCCACGGUCUGGUCAUCGAAUGGUCCUGUACAAGCACAAGAUUAUUGUUUUUGGUGGCUUCUAUGAUACUCUCAGAGAAGUGAGGUAUCAUAAUGAUUUGUACAUCUUUGACCUAGAUGAAUUCAAGUGGCAAGAAAUAAAGCCUAAGCUUGGGUCCAUGUGGCCUAGUGCUCGGAGUGGUUUUCAAUUUUUCGUGUAUCAAGAUCAGAUUCUUUUAUAUGGUGGCUACUCCAAAGAAUUGUCUUCUGAUAAGACCAUCUCUGAGAAAGGAAUUGUUCAUUCAGACAUGUGGUCCCUUGAUCCUAGGACUUGGGAGUGGAACAAGGUUAAAAAAAGUGGGAUGCCUCCAGGUGCUCGUGCUGGGUUUUCCAUGUGUGUUCAUAAAAAGCGGGCUUUGCUAUUUGGGGGUGUAGUAGAUAUGGAAAUGGAAGCUGGAAUCCAACAAACUGCAUUCUUUGUGGAGGAUAGAGGUGAUGUAAUGAUGAGCUUAUUCUUGAAUGAACUUUAUGGCUUCCAACUAGAUAACCACCGAUGGUAUCCUUUGGAGUUACGGAAGGAAAAGUCAACCAAGGUUAAGUUAAAAAUGGAUUCAAAACAAGAACCUAAUGGUUCUGAUUCUAAUGAUAAGUUAGAUGCUAGUGAAGCAGAGUCUAGUGGCGCAGGUGAUAAAGACCAGAUUUUAGAGUAUGAUGAAGAAGCAGAUGAUGGCAAAAGCAACAUUGAUGAAAUGUCUCAGCACAUGGUAACAAACAUGGCAAUUGAUGAUGAUGGGUCAAUUAAAUCUGCUGCAAAGCCUCAACAAUCUAAAUGUAAAUUGAGUUUUCAAAACUCUGUUUCGCCAGAGAUUGUAAAGCCUUGUGGACGUAUUAAUUCCUGCAUGGUUGUUGGUAAAGAUACUCUAUAUGUAUACGGGGGCAUGAUGGAGGUUAAAGAUCAAGAAAUUACACUUGAUGAUUUGUACUCUCUUAAUCUUAGUAAACUUGACGAAUGGAAGUGCAUCAUACCGGCAUCUGAAAGUGAAUGGGUAGAAGCCUCAGAGGAUGAAGAUGAGGAUGAGGACGAAGAUGAAGAUGGCAGUGAAGAUGAAGGUGAGAGUGGUAGCAAUGGUGAGGAGACUGAUGAUGAUGAUGAUGAUGAUGAUGCAGAGGCUAGAAAUGAUAGUGCAAGAUCACUUCAAAUGGGAGAUGCUGUUGCUUUUGUAAGGGGUGAGGGAAAGAAUCUGCGAAGGAAAGAGAAACGAGCCAGGAUAGAGCAGAUCAGAGCUAACCUUGGCCUGUCUGAUUCACAGAGAACACCAAUGGUAGUCCCUUCACAAAAUUUUCCAAAUUUGAACCCUGGAGAAUCCUUGAGGGAUUUCUACAGACGUACUAGCUUGUACUGGCAAAUGGCUGCCCAUGAACACACUCAGCACACUGGCAAGGAGCUCCGUAAGGAUGGUUUCGAUCUUGCUGAGGUUCGUUACAGGGAACUUAAACCACUUCUUGAUGAGUUGGCCAUAUUAGAGGCAGAACAGAAGGUUGAAGAGGCAGAAGGGCCGGAAACGAGUUCAAGAAAGAGAGGAAAGAAGAAAAUUUAAGAAUUUAUCGCCCUGUGCUUGCGGUAUAUUCAACUUCGUCACAAGCCAUUAAAAAGUAAAAUAUUUUGUUGGUUUAAAUUAUGUUCUUCGAACUACAAGUUAGUCGCACACGCAAACACGACAACUGUUACUAGAACCGUACUUUUUGUGGUAAAAUAUUUAUUAGCUCCAAAAUAAUUUUGGUGCAUAUAGUACAAAAUAUUAGAAAGUUCUAUUAAUGGGGGAAUAGAAAUGGAGAUAUGAAACUUGUUUUCUAUUGAUUUGAAGCAGCUAGUACCUGAUAUUUUUAAUCGGAUUUUGGAAGCUAAGGGGUUUGAAUUCUAGGAGAAAGUAGAGAAUGAUAUGAUUGAGACAAAGAAAAUGAGUCAGGUUGCACAUCGAUUACCAUGCUAUACAUGAAUGAUUACCAUGCCAUACAUGAAUGGUAUGGGUGUUCCAAUUUUGUAAAUACCCGAAUAAAAACACACCCUUCAAGAUUACCUUUGAUG